AAUAUGGUAUCUAGUAGUAUGAACUGUGCCAGAGAGCCUCUUGUAAACAAACUACAACCAACCAUCAAUGGUUUCUAUCCUUGUUGGGUCUUUCCCUGUAGCUUCUUCUUCUGGUUCUUACGUAAAAGAAGCUACAAGGUACAAAACUGAGAAAAUCCAGAAUAACUAUCAUAUCACGAGGCAUCAUCAGAAUCAUUACAGAGGCAUUAAGGUUGGAUCCACAUUUCACCAACGUGCUAGAAGAUAUGUUGUGAACGCAGGCAGUGGAGAAUCAUUUGAAUCUGCUAAACCUCAACAUUUUCAAAAAACCAAUAGGGGCUCUAUCAAAUAUUACUUGGAUGCAUUUACCAGGUUUCUCAAACCAAACAUACUCAUUGCCACAGCAAUAAGCAUAACGUCUAUGUCUCUCCUUGCGGUAGAGAAGUUAUCAGAUAUUUCUCUAACAUAUUUCAUUGGCUUGUUCCAGGCCAUAGUAGCUGCUGCUUUGAUGGCCUGUUAUCUUACAGUCUUGAAUCAUUUAACUGAUGUUGAAAUAGACAAGAUAAACAAGCCGAAUCGUCCAUUGGCAUCAGGGGAGUAUUCUUUUGAGACUGGUUUUAUUCUCACUGCAGCAUCUUUGAUUCUGAGUUUUGGGAUUGGAUGGAUUGUAGGUUCACCUCCAUUGCUGUGGGCUCUUUCCAUCACUUUUUUGCUUGGGACUGCUUAUUCAAUCGAUCUACCCCUGUUGAGAUGGAAGAGAAUUGCAGUGCUUGCAGCCAUGUGCAUUGUAGUUGUUCAAGGAAUAAUCUUUCAAGUUGCCUAUUUUCUUCAUAUGCAGACCUAUGUGUUCAAGAGGCCAACUAUGCUUCCAAGAUCAGUGAUUUUUGCUACAACAUUCAUGAGCUUCUUCUGUUUAGUUUUAGCACUGUUCAAGGAUAUACCUGACCAUGAAGGAGAUGAAAAAUUUGGCAUUCAAUCUUUGUCAGUGCAUUUGGGUCAGAAGAGGGUAUUCUGGAUUUGUGUUUCACUUCUUGAAAUGAUUUAUGGAGUUGCCAUUCUUGUGGGUGCAACAACAUGUUCCUACCACUGGAGCAGAAUGAUCACGGUUUCUGCACAUGGUGUUCUUGCUUCAGUCCUCUGGUAUCGUUCUAAGUCUGUUGAUGUGAAAAGCAGUUCUGCCACAGAAUCCUUCCACAUGUUUCUUUGGAAGCUAUUCUACGCAGAGUACCUCAUCAUACCUUUUAUCAUUUAAGAAUUCAGUGUCAUUUUUAUGCCCAUGAAUAUUUCGUAUUGUCUUUUUAUUAUAAAGUUAUAUUAUUUAUAACAAAAGUUCGUCAGAAAUGAAAAAUACCAUUGGGUAAAAAACAUUACUGGCGAUGAAUUUCCAAUUACAUAAAAUCUAUCUGUAUGUUGACGUAGCCAAUAAAAAACAGAUCCAGUUAUUUUCGAACAGAUA